AUGAGGGUAGGCCAUCAAAGUAACGCACAGAGGCGAAUCCGCGUGCUUCCAGGCAUCCAAGUUCUACGAAAUGACAGAUGUUGCUUGAAGCUACUGCUCGCAGACGAACUAGCCACCGUUGCUGCCACUUUCACCACUGAAUAUGCAGAACAUCUCACCGAAUGGAAGUACCUUUUGACGUCGCUGAUGACGGUCCACCGCUGCAUUCAUACUUUAUGCCUGAACAUCUCGGCUGUUGCACCAUCAUCUGGGCGCUUUUACAGAGCCUUCCGGUUGCGUGGCGGGACUGCCGAGAUCGACGUUGGUAGCUCCCUGGAUUUAACCGAAGGCAUACGCCACCUUGCCGUCUUCCCAUUGACGGACAGGCGAUUCGGUUCCUCGAGCCACGAACCUAACAGCAACCUGGCAUGGAUAUUGGAUGCCAUCAGGGAUAUGCCAUAUCUGCGCCAUCUCAAGAUCUACAUGGCGAACGCAGUUCCUGAGCGAUGCACCCUGCAAGAAUUAUCGCUAACUCAGCCCCGCUGUGGUUCAACCGAACUCCGCAGGCAGAUUUACGAUGUUGACGCACCAUACGUGCCUAUGCUGUUCUGCGCAGGUGGCGACAAGAGAACCGUAAGCACUGCGAUUGCCGCCGACAGAACCAUUAUCCCGAGACUUCUUGCCAGUCGAGAGUUGACAAGCUCCGCAUCCUUGCUGACUCCAUACCCACUUACAGUUACACGUUAUCCAUCGCCUGAUGAUUGCGACUUUGUUGCCAGUUUGAUUAUACGCAGGCGCGGCGAUCAAUAA